AUGAAAGGAGAAAAUGAGGAGAAAAUGAAGAUGAGCUGUCGCCGUGAGUUGAAUCUGACUCCCCGUUCUCUUCUCUUCAUCGUUUUCGCUGUUUCUCUCGCACUUCUUUGUGCCAUUCUACUCACAUAUUUCUUCACGAAAAACACUUUUGAGACAAGCCGAAUCCGUGUGAAGAGAGAUGUUGAUCCUGGCUUGGAAAAGGAUCUAGUUGACGUCAUCGAUAAAGAACCCUCAGUACCAGCUGAGAAACUUCGACUACCGAAAGAUCUCCAACCGGAGAGCUAUGAUCUCAAUAUGAAGGUUUACCUACCCGGCUAUGGAGCCGAGAUCGCAGCUGAGAAGAAUCUCACCUUCGAGGCGACACUUGUCACACGGAUAUCCGUGCUUCUCCCAGCACCACGAAUUGUUCUCAACAUAAAAAAAUUGAAUAUAACAGAUGUUUUUGUGACAAUGAACAAUGCCCCAAUCAAUGUGGUCUCGACAAAAGUCGACGACGAGCUGGAAAUGGUGACGAUUCAAUUGGGAAAAGUGCUAGAAAUCGGCAGCAACGUUGUUUUGACGCUAAUCUACACGGGUCCAAUCGACAAUUCACUGGGCGGAUUGUAUCAAAGUCGUUACAAGCACACGGAUGGCGUCGAAAAAAUCAUCGCCACAACACAAAUGGAGCCAACAGAUGCCAGGAGAAUGGUGCCAUGCUUUGAUGAACCGGCUUUCAAGGCUAACUGGACGGUGACAAUCGUUCACCCAAAAGGAACGAGCGCCCUCGCGAACAGUCUCGAGGAAACGAUCAUCAAUUUGGACGAUCAAUGGAUCGAGUCAAAGUUCAAAUCGACUCCAAAAAUGUCGUCGUAUCUCUUGGCGGCGAUCAUUUCCGAAUUCGAGUACAAUGAAGGGCAAACGAAAUCGGGAACUCGGUUCCGUGUUUGGUCAAGACCUGAGGCAAAGGAUGAGACGAAGUACGCACUUGAGGCGGGAAUCAAAUGCAUUGAGCAUUAUGAGGAAUUCUAUGGAAUACCAUUUCCGCUUGAAAAGCAAGACAUGGUAGCUCUUCCCGAUUUCGCGGCUGGUGCAAUGGAGAACUGGGGACUCAUCACAUAUCGAGAAAACUCUCUACUCUAUGAUGCAUCUCUCUACAAACCUGAGCAAAAGCAACGUGUGGCUGUUGUUGUGGCUCAUGAGUUAGCUCAUCAGUGGUUUGGCAAUUUGGUGACAAUGAAAUGGUGGUCAGACUUGUGGCUGAAUGAGGGUUUUGCGGCAUUUGUCGAGUAUCUAGGCACCGAUUUCAUCAGCGAUGGGAAAUUCAGAAUGAAUGAGACUUUUUUGAUGGAUGGUCAAGAGUCAGCGUUUCGUGAGGAUGCUUUACCCACCUCACAUCCACUUUCAUUCAAAAUCGAUCGAGCCUCCGAAGUUGAGGAAGCUUUUGAUGGGAUCACGUAUGAAAAGGGUUCAUCCGUCAUCUCAAUGAUUCGAAACACAUUAGGAGCUUCAGUUUUUGAUUCAGCAAUCAAGAGUUACUUGAAAAAAUUCUCAUACGAUAAUGCGGAAGCGAGUGAUCUUUUUGAAGCACUUAAUGACUUCGUUACACCAAAGACAAUCGGUCCUGAUGGAAAACGUUUGAAUGUGAAGAAUUUGGCGAAACAGUGGACUGAGCAAAUGGGUUAUCCAGUGUUGACGAUGAAGCGUGAGAAUGAUCGAAUGGUUCGAAUCGAUCAAUCACGAUUCAAAUUAAGCAAUGCACUUGAUCAAGAGAAGUACAGCAAACCGGAAUUCGGUUUCCAAUGGGAUGUUCCCGUUUGGUAUAGUCGGGGUGGAGAUGACGAGAAUCAAAUUCAUUUCGCCUGGCUACCAAGAGAUUCAAAUCUGAUCCUUGGUGCGCCAAAAAAUGUGGUCCCAAUUCUCAACUACGAAUCCCGGGGCUUCUACCGAGUGAACUACGAUGGAGAGCUUUGGAAUGACAUCAUCACGCAACUCGUUCAGAAUCCAAUGGUAUAUUCAACGAAAUCUCGGACUCGUCUCAUCUCGGACGCUUUUGCCGCCGCUGAGGCUGGAAUGAUCGACUAUCGGGUGCCAUUCAAUCUGACGAAUUACCUCCAAAAAGAGACCGAAUUUCUCCCGUGGGAUAUGGGAAUCGAUUCGAUUAAGAAAAUCGCUAACUAUUAUGGAUCAGAGCCGGAGAUUAAGUAUUUGAGGAUUUUUCUCCGAAAUCUUCUCAAAACUCAAUACGAGAAAUCAUCGAUUGAACAUGUUUCAGCUACGUAUUUGAACGAUGAUCGCUUCUUUGAGAACCAACUCGAAUCACGUGUGAUCGCUUUCACAUGUGCGGCAAGGGAUCCGGAAUGUCUGGAAAAAUUCGUUUCUCAUUUCAAAAAAGAAUUCAUCGAAAAAUGUCAAGAUUCUCAAGUGAUGGCCAGCAAAUGCAGCAAAGUCUCCGUUCCCCUCCGUUCAGCGAUUUAUUGUGAAGGAGUGAGUGCUGGGGAUCGAGCCGUUUGGAGUCAAGUUUUUGAUGCUUAUCAACGGGAAAGCAAUCAGGUUGAGAAGACUUCACUCCUUUACGCGUUGUCCUGUAGUCGAGAUGUUGACAUUCUGAAAGAACUCCUUUCCCAUGCCUUAAACUGGCCAUUAAACGUCGUCCGGCUUCAAGAUGUGGACUCGGUCUUUCAAUAUGUUUCCAGCAAUCCGACUGGCCGAGAAUUCAUCUUUGAAUAUCUUCUUGAUAAAUGGGAUGAUAUCUAUGCAAGCCUCAAAACCGAUCCAGCCACCAUUCGCCGAGUGCUCAAGUAUUGCGCGAGUCCGAUCAGAAAUCAACGACAAAUCAAACAGUUGGAAACGUUCCAACGAAGUCUGAAGACAGACAUCGGAAAACAUUCAUUCGACGAGUCGAUCGCGAUUGGGAAACAAAAAGUGGCAUGGAUCGCGAAAAAUUACGAUUCCCUUACGAAUUUCUUUAAGGAACAGACGGUUAACUUG